AUGCUUUCCACGGGUACUUUUCCCCAAAACCUCAACUCCAUACACAGCACCGUCGCACAUAUAAUACCAAACCACUCCCUCGGUAUUCCCAUAUCUCUCUUCGCCGGCUUGGCGACCACUUCGUGGCUUUUCUUGACACUUCGCGAUACUUCUACUUGCACAACUACAGAUAUCACCAGGAUUGCUCCGACAAAAUCAAAACUAGAUGCAAAGAAGAAUUCUCAAAUAAGUCCCAGUCCUCUCAAAACCCAAGUUCCUACAUUAUCCCACGAAGAAAUAUCCACACUACCAUACCCACCGGAUAUAUUUCCCGGCGCCCGUGACAUUCCCAGUCCCUACGGCAGCACACGGGCCUAUGAAUUCGGUCCUGUAACCGGCCCCAAAAUUCUGCUCAUCCAUGGGAUUUCCACACCAUGUAUUGCUCUGCACUCCCUCGCUACCACUCUCGCUUCCACGCACGGAUGCAGAGUUCUCCUAUUCGAUCUUUUCGGACGAGGAUACUCGGAUGGCGUGAGCGAUUUGCCGCACGAUGAGAGACUAUACACGACGCAGAUAUUACUUGUUUUGACUUCUUCCUCGCUAUCGUGGGUUGGGGAUGGGUUUCACAUCCUAGGGUUCUCACUGGGUGGAGGCAUUGUGGUUGAUUUCGCGGUCGCGUUUCCGGAGAUGGUGAAGGAGGUGAUUUUGUUGGCGCCAGCGGGUUUGAUUCGAGAGGAACAUUUUGGUUGGAAAGGGAUAAUGAUGAGGAAGUGGUGGUUUCCUGAUGGACUAUGGGGAUGGAUUCUUAGGAGGAGAGUCAGAGGGGCUUAUGAUACCGAUGCAAAUCCUUCAUCUUCUUCUCCUACUCCUCCCCAAAUCUCUAAUGUGCAACUCGAGGAUGAACAUUGUGAGAACCAAGCACAAGUAGACUCGGAACUCACAACUGCGAUUCCCGCCUCUCCUGCUGCAUCGAACUCCGAUGCUAGAUUAUCAUUCGAUGAUACACCGAUAUCAUCCCUGCUACCGCAUAUAACCGUAGGACAAGUAAUGCGAUGGCAAACGCAACAGCACCAGGGAUAUGCAAAUGCAUUUGCGAGUUCAAUCAUGUAUGCGUCGAUUUCCGGAUGUCAGGAAACAUACAAGGGACUCUGGGGUCCCUGGAACAAAAGCGAAAACCAAGAGAAGAGCGAACAUAGCGCGAGAGAGAAAAUUUUGAUCAUAGUAGGAGAGCAUGAUGAUGUUAUUGUAGCGGCAGAAUUAGAAGAAGAUUUAAAGAUGGUGGUGGGAGAAAGAUUCGGGACUAGAGAUGAUGGGGGUGAGGUUUUGGAUGAAAAAAUUACCUGGAAAGUGAUCGAGAAUGCGGGUCAUGAAUUCCCAAUUACGAGGGGAGAGGAGGUCGCAAGCUUGAUUGGGAAAUUUCUAGGUAUGUGA